CCCACCCUGAGUAUGUAAGCUAUAGUUCAAAGCUUGCACGCCAGAAAUGAGAGGAAAGUGUUUCUAGCUGUCUUAAUAAAGAUGUUAAAGGUGUUUCUCUUUACUCUCCUGCAAACAAGUACAGCUCAGGCAGUGCAGCUAAGGUAAGAGGUGAGGAGCAGAAGCCUAGUUUCCCGAGGGCUUUGUCUCAAGCUGCCAGUGCAUUUGCAAGGCUGCAGAGGCCAGCAGUGGCAGCUGAGUGCACAAGACAUAGAGGGUGUGUUCAUCCUCCCUUUGGGGCUCGCUGUGGGCCACUGAGCUUCCCCAGGGUGAUUUCCAGAGUUUUGCAAAUUCCUUCCAGACACCUGCAAGUUGGUUUGGUUUGGUUCUGUCCUUCUGUAUAGACUCUUACCAUGUAUUUCCAGAUGGGGGGACUUUUCCUUUUAAAGGACUAUGGGAGAAUUGUUUCAGAGGCAGCAAAGCAAAACUCUUAGUGGUAAAACAGGAAGGGAGGGGCUUUUGUGUGUGAGAACUUUAAACCACCAUAAAAAGGUUGUUUGCUUUAUUACUUUAUCACAAAGAAGGAACAAAACUCACCACAAGCAAAAAUAACCACAUGCAUGAACAUACAAAACUGCAAAAUACUUUUAUAGGAUUAGUUCUUAAUUCCUUUAUUAGCUUCAGGUUGGUGUUUCACAACGGCUAUAUGUCAUUACUAAUUCAGAUGAGGUUCAAAGCCCUGGAAAAGAGAACCGUCCUUUCUUAGCACAGCCAUGAAAAUACGCAUUUGCUCAUGAGCCGUCAAGAAAUGAAGUCUGAUCUAGAAGAAAUUAGCCUAAUGGCAGUUCAGGCAGGAAGCUUAAAAUAAGCUUAACCAUUGUCUUCUUCCUUUUUAGAUUGGUUUUCUCUCCAAGCUGUGAUUUGAACUCUCUUAUCACUAGAGUUGGAGCUGGAGGGGGAGGUCUGAUGACAGGAAGGCAAGCCAUACACACAGCUUUUGAGCUGAUGGAUACCGCUGCAGCUCUGCAGGCUAAACGAAAUUCUUAAAGUUUUGUGACUUUUGAAAACUGCCAUAUUUCCUCCAGCUUUAGUCUUACAUUAUGUUUUCACAUGUUAGCAUUUACAAGAUUGGGAUGUCAAAUCCUGUUGCCAGCUGCUGAGCAGGGGAGUGAGGUGCUAAUACAGUUGGCACUGCCUGGGGCCAUAUAAAUCUCAGCCAGCUUUACAGAAGUAUGUUUUUCCCACUUCUGUUUUGUUAUUUGCAUUGGUGGCAUUAUGUUGUUAAUUUAGGUUCAGGUGUCUAAUUUUCACUGAAAAUAUCUUCACAAAUAUUACACUGCUUUAUUGUAUCAAAAGAAAAGUCACCAUGUGUGCAUAAGAUUGCCUGGAAUAUUAUGUUCCAAGCAUUGAACUGUUGGUCUUCAUCACAGUGAGUAAAUGAAACAAUUUCCAAAGCUAGAGGAAAUUGGUAUGAGCUCUUCAUGUGUCAUAAUAAAAGCUUGUUAUUCAGGGCCCAAUCCAUCAAAUUCUUCUGGGGAUGUUUGUAAGAAGCUCCUUCCGAGUUAUUUUUUUAAAAGGAGAAACAAAAUUAUAAGUUUAACCAAAAAGGAAAUGUCAAUAAAGCACCAGGAUUCUCCAUGGUGUCUUCCUAUUACACUCUCACUCGUAAAUGUGCUCAAGAGGCCAAGCUGCUAAGCGCGACUCAAAAGUGUGACGUCUCCAUAAGGCUGUGGAUAACAUGGUCUCUGAUGCCUGGAGUUCAACCAUGGUAAUGAAAGUAAUAUAUAAUGGUGUGGAUAAAUAAAUACUAAGAUAGUCUCCAUCUACCUCGUCCUUUCUUUUUCUUCCUCUUUCCUCUUUUCUAAUCUUCCUUUUUUCCUCUUACUGGAAGGCUGUUAUUAGACUGAUGGAGCAUCUUAUAAUCAAUGAAAUCUUAGAAUGAGGAAAGAGAACAUGUGUCAGGCUGCUUGAGGUCGCCAUUGAAAGAUGAAGGGAUGGAUCGGAUUUCAAUAAGCAAGAUGACUGAGUCUUUUUAGAAGACUUUUCAUCAUGAGAUGAAAUUACCAUUGCAACCAAGGGCAAAUAAAAACAUCAGCCCCUAGGGCCAAGUUCUUCCAAGUUACUUGGAGCGGAGAGAGAAAGAGGAAAUCUUGGGUUUGUGAACACUGCAAGUAGGUUACGUGGGCAGAAAAGUAAGUGGCAGGGUCAAAAGAAGACGAGACAGUGGAGUCUGAGCACUUGGAGUAUAAAGUUCAAGAUGCAAGAGACCUUGGCCACCUCAUUGCUGGACGGCUUCAUUUAACAGGGCGCCACUGUGAAGUCCAUCAGAUGAUUGGCAACUACAUGUGGGAUCCCAAAACCAAUACGUCAUUUGAUAUCGGUGUCAACAGAGAUAGCCUGAUGCCGCUCUGGUGGAAUGGAUCAGAGCCUCUGUGGGUCACUCUGACCAAGGCCAAAAGAAAGGUCUACAUGUACUAUUGGCCAGGCUGUGAGGUUGAGAUUCUUGGUGUCAGACCUACUUAUUGCCUAGAAUAUAAAAAUGUCCCAACGGAUAUCAAUUUUGCCAAUGCAGUCAGUGAUGCUCUUGACUCAUUCAAGAGUGGCCGGGCUGACCUUGUGGCCAUAUACCAUGAACGCAUCGAUGUGGAAGGCCACCACUACGGCCCUUCCUCACCUCAGAGAAAAGACGCCCUCAGAGCCGUGGACACUGUCCUGAAGUACAUGACACAGUGGAUCCAGGAACGAGGCCUGCAGGACAGCCUGAACGUCAUCAUUUUCUCAGAUCACGGAAUGACGGACAUUUUCUGGAUGGACAAAGUGAUUGAGCUGAACAAGCACAUCAGUUUGAAUGACCUGCAGCAAGUGAAAGACCGAGGGCCCGUCGUGAGCCUGUGGCCAGCCCCUGGGAGACACACUGAGAUUUAUAACAAACUGAGCAGAGUGGAGCAUAUGACUGUCUACGAGAAAGAAGCCAUACCAGGCAGAUUCUAUUACAAGAAAGGGAAAUUCGUCUCUCCCUUGACUUUAGUGGCGGAUGAAGGCUGGUUCAUCACAGAGAGUCGAGAGAUGCUCCCAUUUUGGAUGAACAGUACUGGCAAGAGAGAAGGCUGGCAGCGUGGAUGGCAUGGAUACGACAACGAGCUCAUGGAUAUGAGGGGCAUCUUCCUGGCCUUUGGACCCGAUUUCAAGUCCAACUUCAGAGCUGCUCCAAUUAGAUCCGUGGAUGUCUACAACAUCAUGUGCAACGUGGCAGGCAUCACCCCACUGCCCAACAAUGGGUCCUGGUCCCGGGUUGUAUGCAUGCUGAGGAGCCAGGCCAGCUUGGCUGCUUCUGUCCAGAGGCACAGCUAUGUGCUGGCCUUCAUUCUCCUCUUCCUGUUUGCAUAACUGUUCAUUUAUAUUGCUUGUCCCAAAACGUUGUCAGCAAAGUGUGCCUCCAAAGUGAAACGAUUUUCAUUUUCUAUGUGAGUAAUAGCUUCAUUAACAAAAUCAAGGCCAUAUAAUCUGUACAUAUAUUUUCCUUGGGUGAUUCUAUACCUAAAACUCUCUAAUUGUUUUUAAAAAAACACCCAAACUUUAUUUUUCCUAAAAAAAAGAAAAUCUUAGCUUUUCAUUUGUUCAGCUAUCUGUAAUGCUCUCCUUUCUUUCAUGUAGUUGUGUGUAGUCUGAGCAGUGGCCUGCCCCACAGGAACCAAACUUCAAGGGGAUAUUCUAUGGUCUUCCCUCCUGUCUGACCUUACCCAAAGGAGCCCCUCAGACCAGGCCCUUGUCUGCCCUGUCCACACUCAAGAGCCGUCUGUAGUGGUUUAUGACCACAGUCUUCUACUGUUCCUUCCAUUUUGGAAGACAGGUCUACAGAAAAGCAAUAGCUGCUGUCUCUUUCUAACCCUGCUCAUGGAGUUUUUGCAUCUUAGGCAAAGUCCCAAAAAGGACAUAACCUAAGUAGGGAUCACCAAUCAACCAAGUAAAAAUCACUGAGGCUAGACGAACUCAUAACACAAAAUAAAACAGAUUGGUCCCCCUGAAGUCUGAGUACACAAUUUCCCCUUUGCCUUGAAAGCAGGAAAGCUAAGAAUGGAUAUAGGUUUCUGUGAGACUUAUUAUACACAGCAUAUCAUGGUAUGAAGCCUACAAAUAACGGACCUUGAACAUUAUGGAGUGACAGUCUGAGCGCCUACCCGGCUGCCUAUAUGGCAGCUCCUUUAGAUACUGCCCCUCUGGCUCUAGACUUGGGAAGUAGACCACAGUAAUACCUGGCAUUUCAGUACAGUCCGGGGAAGGGAUGGAUAUCUUACCAAUGAGGAUAUGGACAUGGUACAGAAAUACUAGUUCAUUGGUUGGACAGAUAAUAUAUUAAGCAUAAGUUCUAUGGAUCAGUAGUCCUGAAUCAGAGCUUAGCUGACAGCUCUGAAGGGAAUACUUGAGCGACGUAGAAUUCCAUAGAAAAUAGAGGGAGAGGGGGAGGAGGGGAAUGGACGAACCAUGACAGAACUGAAUCCCACUCACUGACCAAUUCACCAUUGGAUAAGGAAACAAACGUCGAAGUGGUGGUCAGGGCGCCUCCUUACACCUCCAGGAAGAGUCUCUGAGCCGGAGCUGAUAUAGUUUUAGUUUACUCACCUAAGUUGCUAUAGGAGGUUUUGUAAAACAAGAUUUUCAAAUGAUUAGAGUCUUACCUAUGUACACACAGUCCCUGACAGAUGAUGGUUUAACUUUAGGGUUGAUUUCAUGAUGGUGCAAAAGCAAUGCCUAUUCAGUAGAAAUCAUCCUUUCCAUUUUGAAUUUGUAACCAGCUAGAUGUGUGCAGUUUGCCACUGUCUCUGUGUCCUGGAAAGCCACACAAUCACAUAGGGACAACUAAUACAGUGUCCUGCGUAGCUAUUUGAUAUGGUUUAAUAGGCUUGGUGUAUUAAAUGCAUUUUCCACGUAAUGAUAUUUUCAACUUACAAUGCGGUUUAUUGAGACUACAUAACCCCAUCAUAAGUCAUGGAGCAUUUGUCUAUAAAUCCUAUUAUUGUAUUCAAAAUGCACCUACACUAGAUGAAGCCGAUCUGCAAAUGAGACUUUGUCAGGAUAAGACAACACAUGAGAUCCUGCAGGAUUAGGAAGCCUUUACGUGGUGUUCACCUUGAAAAGUGAAUAUCCACAUUCACCUUAACUCAGAAAGGCUGGGGGCCAUCUCCGUGGCAUGAAUCAUGAGACCAAAGGAUCAUACCUGAAAAAUAUUGAAUUUAUCUUCACAAAAGAUUUCUAAGGAUUUAUGUAAUAUGUUUUUAAAGCUCCAGUAAACAUCGAAUCAAUUGGAAAGGAGGCAAAUCAGCCUUUGUUGUGUGGCUGAAAGCAAAUUAGUACUUUCAGAACCUUGGCACUGGUUUUUGAAACAGACGUCUAUUGUUCAAAGUUUUCUUUCCCCUUGAAGGACAUGUUUUGUUGAAUUAAGUGGAGCCUACUUCCUCCUUUAUGAAGGAAGGAGCUCUAAGACAUUCCUAAACAAUUAAAUUAAAAGUGAAUCAUCAAAAUCAAGGGGGGGAUAAACACAUACGUGAUUAAGUUACAUAACAAAAUUCCAGAUAUUUUUUUGACAAAGUACAAUUUCUUAGUAACUACUGUUAAAUAAGUAAAUGAGAAUAAGAUUCCAACAGAAUCAUGAAUACCGGCAAAAAAAAUUCAGACUCUGAAUGGAAAAAAAUCUUUUGUCUAAAAUAAUGCACAUAUCUCAAUGGCUUAAUUGAUUAAAAUUUCUUGCCUUUUAUUUUUGUUUUGAAUUUGCAUUAUUUCCCCAAGAAAAUUCCAUUUUGCCUAAAUUUGUUUUGUUCCACAGCAGUAAAAUCUACCAAGAAUAUAUACAGGUACCUUUCUCCUGGAUUAUUUUAUAACAUCACUGCUACUUCCAAGAGGAAGAUAAUUGGGUGGCCUUACCAAUAAGAAAUGAAAAGAAUGAUCCUUAAAUUAAAGAUGAAUUGAAGGUCUACUUUCCCUCCCCAAGAGCCUAAUUUCCAGAAUCCAAUUCCAAUAAAUUCUGUAAACUAGAACAUUUAAGAAUUUCUUUCUAACCCAGAAGAGUCCUGCAUUUUAGAAACUCAACUCUCUUUACUUUUAAAGAGACCUUAGAAAUCCGUAUUAGGUCUUAGUUCUAUUAUAGACAAUACUUUGCAAACCUUCUGGGCUUUUAAGCACUGUCUGACUCAUCUUCAGAGAUGCCAAUUCACAGGAGCUGUGGUUGGGCCUCAGACAACCCCCUUUAUGUCACAUUGAUCUAAGCUUCAGGUUUGCUUUAGGGAGAAGUAUGCUCUGACUUGGUUUGGGAAACCUAAAUCCCCUGGGAGCUAUUUCUUAAUCAGUCAGUAUCUCCAGGGGCCGGUAGGCUGACCUUGGCUAUUAACCCCAUUGGGUUAGGCUUUCAGCCUCCAAAACCAAAGCAGAUCUGUAGGCCCUGCUGGUGGAGGGAGCGACAAGAAAAGAUCAAGGCAGCCUACCCGCACCCCACACCUGUGGCUCUAAGAUUCUCAAAGGUGCUAUCAGACAUUUGUUCAAGACACACAGCUACUUUUGAAAUUUCUAAGGAAGUGUUUGAAUUUGUAUAAAUAUCAAGAGAUUUUUAAAUGUGAUUGUGUGUUUUAUCUUUUUAAGCCUUUUGUAAUAGACCAAAGUCAGGUACUGUAAACCACUUGCUAGAAGAAAAGGAGAAGGUAGCUUUGACAGAUUAGUUAUAAAACUUUUGAAACUUGGUCUCAGGUUUGUACUAUGGAAAUAUAUCUUGCUUGGAAAUCAUAAAAUAGCACCUAAUACAGUGCCUUCAAUGCUUAAUAAAUGUCCCAUAAAUGUGUGUUGAAAGAAAUAAAGAAGAAAUGUCAUUAGA